AUGUCCGGACAGUCUGAAGUUUACUCCGCGACCAAAAACACUCUUUUCUCUAAAAACAGUGACCCCAGCCCCUCCAACACGCACGCUCUGACUCUAGAAUGGGUGUAUGGGCGGACCCCCUCCCUCCCCGUCCUCGCUCUACAGGACCACGACCAGCAGGUAGUGUUGUAUGCUGCAGCCAACGUGGGGGUCAUCUACAACCACACGUCCAACUCCCAGCACAUCCUGCAGGGUCACAGUCAGAACCUGAGCUCUGUGUGUGUGAGUGACGACAGACGCUGGAUCGCCACCGCUGACCCCUCCCCCAUGGCCAUCGUGUGGGACUCCUACUCCGGGAUCCCGGUGUGCACGCUGUUCCACUGUCACCCCAAACAUGGCCUCACAGACAUGGCGUUCUCCAGAGACGCUAAGUACCUGGUCACGCUGGGGGCAGGAGACACACAGCAACAUGUGUGCGUGUGGGACUGGACCGGUGACAUACAGACCCCCCUGUGCUGCUCCGAGCUCAACCCAAACCACGGCCUCCAGAGGCACAUCCUGUUUAAGUCCAGCGGCUCUGAAUUUCUGAGCUGCAGCCAGACUCAUGUGCUGCUCUACACACUGGACCAAAACUCUCUGUCGUACUGUGCCCUAAGGCUGAGGAAGGGUGGAGCUGUGGACCUGCGCUUCCCCACCUCUUGUUACAGCAUAUGUGCAGCAGAUGGGGCUCUGGUGCAGACUGCAUUUCACUGGAGAGAGCCGCAGGUGCUCACAGCGACAGCAGGGGGCAGUGUGGUGGUGUGGGACCUCAGCAAAGGCAUGACCACAACCAAAGGACUGACUAAUGUGACCGCCAUACACCUGCAGCAAGCUCCCUUCACCGCCAUGAGUGUCACAGACAGUUGUUUGGUGACUGGAGACGCAGAGGGGGUGGUGAAGUUCUUCAGUCAGAAUUUCCUGCUCUUGGCCUUUUACUCAGACCUGGUCCAGGAUCCGAUCUCAUCCAUCUCCCUCUCCUCAGAGUCCACAGCCGGGUACCUCGUCCACUGUCCCACCUACAAGAAACAAGUGCUCAUAAGGAACUUCAUUGUGUCGAGCACUGGCUCCUCUGUGCUUCAUGUGAACUCAGAGAGCGCAGAGGCACAGAGUGUCCUACAGGAGGAGCCAGAGCCCAUCCACGCCCUAUGCUGUCACCCCUCACUUCCCCUCCUGGUGACGGGGAGCAGCGGCGGCAUGCUUAAACUCAGAGACAUGUGCAGCCGACGCACAGUGACCCAGAGGGAGUUCAAACAAGAGGAAGGUCUCACCUGUGUCACCUACGACCCCUCAGGUAAGCUCUUGGCUGUGGGCUUCUCCUCUGGCUCUGUGGAUCUUCUGGACUCCAGCUCUCUGAGGACUAACCCAGAGCAGGAGUUUCAUCUCAGUAAAGACUCCAUAAACCUGCUCAGUUUCUCUGACGACUCUCUGUACCUCGCUGCUGCUGACAGUGGCUUUGCAGUCUCUGUGUUGCGGCGUGUCUCUGCUGGAGCUCCGUGGGAGAUUUUAGGGCGUCACCGAUCUCACUACAGCCCGAUCCAGAGCCUCCUGUUUGGGCUUCAGUUGGACUCCACACUGCCCCGCCUGCUCUCCUUGGGACUGGACCGCAGACUGGUGGAGUAUGACCUUGAGCUCCACAGUGGCCUCCCUGUCCUCUCCUGUCAGCGGGUGGAGCAGAGGGCGGUGCCUCUGGGGAUGACCUGGUACCCUCCUCUGAGCACAGAACAGUUCCUCCUGAUUUGUUCUGACCAAUACAAGCUCCGACUCAUCAACAGCACCACGCACAUGUGCAGGAGGGUGGUCCAUGGCCCAGUCUACGGCUCUCCUCUGCAGAGAGUUCUGGUUCUGCAAAAGACCCAAGAGGAUCAGAGCAGGAACUACUAUAUGGCCUUCAUCACACAGACCAUGGUGGGUCUACAGGUGCUCCCUGCCGAUGGAAACCCAUUUAAGUCCCAGGCUCUGGUCUGUCACCCGUCUGGGGUCCAGACUCUGAGCGCUUCCUUCGAUGGCACCCAUGUUGUGACCUCAGGAGGAGCCGACUUCACAGCCAGGAGCUGGAGCGUCUCCACCGAAGCUCUUGAUGCGGCUGCUGCUCUGGGAGGCUCAGGGAUGGAGCCGUUCUACUCCAUGUUGGACGGAGGACGAGACGGAACCUUCUACAAGGAGGUGGAGGACCUGUUCUAUUACCUCCAGCUGCGACACCAGGGCAUAGACACAGAACACAGGAGACACGUCUCCACCACCAUCCCUCUGAACCACGUCUCCACCAUGAUGAGGGCCAUCGGCUUCUUCCCCACAGAGCAGGAGAUUGAGGACCUUCAGAAUGAGGUGAAGUUCAGCAGAUACGCAGAGACGGGACAGUACGUGAUGGAGCUGUGCCUGGAGGACUUCAUAAAGUUGUAUGUGAACCACAGACCUGCGUUUGGACUGGUGAAGGAGGAGCUGCAGGAGGCCUUCAACCUCCUCAGAGGAGAUCAGGAGAACAUGGAGAGGAGCGCUUUGCUACAGAUGAUACAGAGCCAAGGAGAGGCCAUGACAGAGGACGAGGUUCUCCAGAGCUUUUCCUCUCUCCUGGACCUGAACAAAGACCAGGACUCCCCCAGAAGCUCCAAGAGUUUCCUGCCCUCUGAGGUGUCUGUGGAGACCUUAGCUCAAAUCCUGGGCUUUUCUGACCGACCUCCAAAAACAUGAACCCUUACACC